ACACAUACGCAUCAGUUAAUCAACAAGUUUCAUUAAAAGACAUUAAAUUUUUCCUUUUAUGCAAAAACCUUGAAAAUGAUCUUCACUCUCUUCGUUGUCUUUGCUGUUGCUUCUUCAGCUCUUGGUGAAUGUCCAGUUCCUCCAACUGUUCCUGGUGCUGAUAUUGGCAAAGCGCUUGAUUGAACUAGAUUGCCGGCCGAUGGUAUGAAAUUUCCGGAUCGCAGCUGGGAGGCUCCCAAGAAAGAGUUACAUGUCUUACACAGGAUUUCACUCCUCGAGAGGAUGGAGACUUCAAUUUUACAAUGCUUGGAACUCAACAUGAUGGUUCAAUGAAUAUUGAACAAUUGUUGGCCAUACGUACUGGUAGUCAAAAUUCAAUCGACCUCAAUGAUAUGGCCAAAAGGCUUCCAUAUCAAGUUACUCUCUAUGUAGCCGAUACUGAUUACGAGAACUAUUUAGCUACUUACAGUUGUAUUCACAUCCCUGGUUAUUCAAACAUAAUAUACGGGUGGGUUUUAUCAAGGACUAACACCAUGAGUGAUGAAAAAUAUGCUGAACUGAACGAUUUGUUGGUUAAUAAAGUUGGCGUUCCUAGCGAUGUAUUUGGACCAAUAAUCCAAAAAGAUUGUAAAUACUGGUCCCUUUCCCCUCAAUAAUAUUCAAAUUCGAAUAAAAUUUAAUUUUCAUUGCA